UGGCACGAGAUUGAUCAAUUCGCGCGUUGCCGGUCGUCGAUCAAAGUGUGCUGUGCAGUGUUGUGUUCUGGACUUAUGCGUCGUUUUGAUUCUUUGGCGAUUGUUCAGGAAUUUCGCAGAAUAAUAAAUCAAACGACAUUCAAGCGGGUCAGAUACCGUAGUAGGCGCUGAGUGUGCUAAAAACAUUUCAAACCACAUCAUGGAAACUACCAAUUACAGAUACCCAAUUAGCCAGUCAUCAUCGUGGUCGUCAUGGAUACUGUUUACUUUAGCAAUAGCGAUGAGUAUCGUUAGCAGUGCCGCCUUUGAUGACCACUACGCUGAGUAUGACACUAAAUAUCAUGAAUUGGAGUCAAGCGAAGGACUUACGACAGAACAGGCACUGCCAGUGGAAACCAUUAGAACUAAUUGGGACGAGAGUCACGCAUCCGAUCAGAUCAGCACAACCGAAACUUUCUUGCCCGGGGAGGAAGAAGACUAUCCCGGAAAUUGGUACGAUUACUACUGCCGGGACGAUUUAUGCAUCCAGUACGAUCAAUUCGGACAAAUGGUUCGGAAAAAGCACGUGGCUUGCGGCCAUGAUGGUUCUUUCGCGGAAGAUUGUCCUACUGGAAGAACGUUGUUCAGGAUCGACCCCCAAAUAAAAGCCUUUAUC